CAAGCAGCAGAUAGGAUGCGAAGGAUCAGGAAACAAGUUUUCCCGCCUACACCGAGAAAUCUUUUGCACUUACAUCAGCUACUACAACUUGAAGAAAACCAGGAAUUCAGUUUAACAUUUCAAACACCACCCAAUUUAUUUUAUCAAGGACCGCUUAUGGUGAAUGGAGUCUUUGCGGGACUACUAUUUUGCAACACAGCCUACUUGGAAGAAAUUGUGGAAGAACUCACAAAUGUAACAGUAGCAGGAUGUGAUGGAACAUUUAAAACUACACCAAAAACCACAGAUAACGAUUGCUACCAGCUUUUUACAUUCCAAGUCGUGUAUAAAAAUGUGAGUUUUCCACUUGUUAAUGCGCUGUUGACUGGGAAGACAGAAGAAAUUUACAGAGAGCUCUUCAGGUACAUACGGAACACUGUUCCUUUGCAAUAUGAGAAUGUCACCAUUAUCACGGAUUACGAGAGGGCACUAAUAAAUGCAAUUGAAGGCGUUUUGAUGGAGUCUACGCAUCAGGGCAGCUAUUUUCAUUUUUGCCAGGCGAUUCUUCGGUAUACAAGAAACAAGCAGGUUGGUGUCUUCAAUUUGGUGAAAGAAAAUGCUUUUGCUGCUCGAAUUUUUAGGAUGGUACUCGCAUUACCUUAUCUACCACCGCACAGGAUUGAAAGAAUUCCAUCAAUGGUUGAUGGAUUCAACGCUAUAGUUCUCUAUAUGCUCCAAGAUGAAGAUGUGGCCUACCAGUUCCAUUCUUUUAUUUAUGAUUACCUGUAUCGAUUCUGGUUUGUAGAAAUUGGACCUGAUAAUAUUUCUGUAUUCAGGAGAGACAUUAGGACAAAUAAUUAUUUAGAAAGUUACCAUUCAAUGCUAUUGCAAAUUAUGAAGCCUCAUCCUAAAGUAUGGGAGUUUAUUGAUCAAUUGAGGUUUUUAGAAAACCAAAGCGAGGUUGAAUUUAAGCAAGCUCGGAGCAACCUCAGAAUCCGUGUUGGUGUUUCAACAAGAACAAGGGAAUCCAAUACAAGAGCAAUUGAAGAAUUUUUGGAAGAAAUGACACAAGACUAUACAGAAGGACGGAUUCAAACAUUUUUACGGAGAGCUGGUCAUCGAGUUGAUGGAUACAUAACUCAAGAAAUUGGCCCUUAUCCAGGUAAUUAA